CAGAGAUACCUUAUACAAACGAGUGUGUUAGGCUCCGCCCAGCGGAGCGGCUGGCGCGUGUCGCACCGGCUGACGUCACAACUGGAAAACGAAACCGACCCGGAGUUUCCCGCGAAGGAGUCAAAAACACAGCACGACUCUGGAUUCUCCAAGACUCGCAGCUGCUGGGGUCGAGCGACGGUCCGUCACACAGGCGUGUCAAUAUUGGACACCUUUGAUUCAAACCCACAGCCGCUUUCCUGCGACACAGUUCUGACUCCCGAGUCCCGAGGCCCGAAAAACGACUGCACUUGAACUGAGCACUCACCUGGGCACCGGCUGAUCCCUCGUCACUACAGUCUUGCAGGGAUAUGUCUUAUUCCAAACCGCUGCUCAUCCCGUGGCUGCAAAAGCAGAUCGACAGCGGCAAGUAUCCUGGUGUCCAGUGGACAAACCCGGAGCAAAGUGAGUUCACCGUCCCAUGGAAACACGCUCUGAGACAGGAUUCCUCCGGCACUGACGUCCUCAUCUUUAAGGCCUGGGCGGAGGUGAGUGGCAAUGGCCGGGCUCAGGGAGACAGCUCAGUCUGGAAGAGGAACUUCCGCAGCGCCCUCCGAGCCAAAGGCUUCAAAAUGGUUGACGACAACAAGAACGAAACCGCUAACCCCCAUAAGGUGUUUCGCUGGCCGGACGAGUCUGCAUCAGGAGCAAAGUCUUCAGCCGAAUCCCAGGACAAAGAAAACCCAGCUCUGUUCGAGGAUUGUGGCCUUCCUACACAAGAAAGCCAGGUUGUCUCAUGCUUUGACGACUGCCCCUACCUUCCAGAAGAAAGUGUCUAUUCAGAAUCCACAGUCAACCGGGAUAUUCUCCAAGAGUGCCUAAAGGGACUGAACAUCGGCCCUGAGACAGAGGCAACCACAGGCUUUGAGCCUGUUCCUGAGCAACAGCAGCUGCAGAAUCGGGCUGGGAUUGGUGGAUACUUGUUUCCCGGGCAACAGCAGUAUCCAGUAACGUUUGAGGGUGCAGGCAGCAGUGAAACUGGGUUGCCUAAGCAACCAGCACAUCCAGCGGGGGGAGCUGCAGGAGGGGCCUGCGGUGGGCAGCUGGCGGAGCAGUUCCUACACACUGUGAACCAGACCAACGAUGGAGAUAAUCUCAAGACUGAGUUCAGGAUAUCUGUGUACUACAGAGGGGUGAAGGUGAAGGAGCAGCUGGUCGUGAAUGAAGCUGGGCUCAGCUUAGUCUACAGGCCUGAACUCAUUGGGACAGUUUUGGACUACGAAUCAGGCCUGACCGUGGUCUCUCUGCCGAGUCCUGGAGCCAUGCUGGAUCAGACCCAAGCCAAACUGACCCAGCGCAUCCUCGACAAUCUGGGCGACGGUUUGGACGUAGGGGUGUCGGGCCAUGUGGUCUACGGCCAGCGACGGGGUGAAAUCAAAGCAUUUUGGAGCCUUUCUAAGUUUGAUUGUAGCAAACAGCCCCAGGAGAUUUCUAAACUGCAGCCUCAGCCACUUUACAUGUUCAAGGACUUUUUGCGAGGAAUAUUGGACUUCAUCGAUGGGAGAGACUGCCCUCACUGCUCGCUGUUCCUCUGCCUUGGGGAGAAGUGGCCUGACCCAGACAACAGGCCUUGGGAGAAGAAACUCAUCACAGUGGAGUCAGGUGGUGCUUACUUCAAUGGAGAUACUGAAGAAAAUGGCUGUGGGAGGUGGUGCCUCGUCGCUGCAGUCUGUGGAGCUGCAGAUGUCCCUGGAAGAGAUGAUGGAGAUGUGCUGAAGUACUUUAUGAUGCCUGAAGAAAGUCAUUGUUUACCCCUUUUAUAUUAUUCUAUCCUUAGCCUUGAAAAGAACACAUCAGAAAGCCAAAGGAGGAGAUCAGGUAAUAAUAACAGUUUGCUGGUACUGCAGAGGAACAGAACAAAUAUAUUUACGGUGAAACUUGUUUAAACAUACAUUUGUGCUUUUGAAUUAUCACACACCUUAAUACUUAUAUGAAACUAUGAUCAGGGUGGAUUUGAUUGGAUCCUUCAUAUAUCAGUGACACUGAAGACCACGUUUUCAUCCUGUUGCAAGAGAAUGAGCUCAAGAAAAGAGCUCUGUCAAUCAGCUGAAGAGGUAAACAGUUCUAGCAAAUAAUGUGCUUGUGUUGAAAACGGUGCAUUUAUCACUGUGCUGUUGGGAAAAACAGCAGACUUCUCUCUCAACCGAUUUCAUGUGAAAUGCCAUCUAAAGGUUGGGGACAAAUGACAUAAAUCCCCACAUAUAAUAACUCAUAAAUUCAUACUACUACUCCUCAGAAACACUUGAGUACUAGGUGUUAAAAACAUAAUAGAAUAUACUGCAAUAAACCACAAACUCACAAAAAGGUUAAAGACUGAAGUCUAAUGUUCAAUAUGAUUGAGUAACAGGUGUGACCUGAACAUAUGAAAUCAUACCUAAAUGUUAAGGAUACAAUAUAAUCAAUAUACACCUGAGCACAAAACAGGUUUGUGUUCAAAUCAAAACACACCAGAGACUGAAGAUGUUGAUUUCAUGUUUUUUUUUAAGGACCACAGUUAACCAGACAGUAUGUAACAGAUUCAUAAAGCAACAUUAUAGGGAAGAUAAUGAAACUAUAUUUUGAAAUGUGCAACACACAAUAUCCCAACGAGCAAUAUGAUUUCAAGAUAUAGUAGUCUAUUUUCAUGUUAUUGCCAUGAAAUCUGUUACUUCUCUCUACCUACUGUCAAUUCAGAAUAUAAUUCUUAACUCAAACCAUUGACAAGUGACCUGAUAACUGCUCUAUAUCAUUAUUAUUAUCCGUAGAAUAAAUAAAAAUUGCUUUUUAUAUCCAUGAGUUUGGAUGAGAACUUUGUCGCUUUGCCUUUUACACUUGGACAGAUGCCUUUGCUUAAGAAACUGACUAUUCGUGAAAAAUAAAUGAAUAAAUCAAA